CCCUUCCCUUCCCCCUUCCUUUUCCCCGCGCGAUGUUGAUCACUGAUCUCCCGAGUCCCAGACAGGCCUUACAGUUACCACUAGGCUAAAAAUCCCGAACGCCAACCGCCGCACCGCGGGACACCGCCGGAGACCGCGGCAAUUGGCGUCACUCGCGGCAGGGUGCCCUGGGGGUUGGUAGCAUGUUACAGUGACAGUCAAGAUGGUGGACGGAGUACAGACACUGGACUCUAGGGAGAGACAUUGCAGAGUCGCAAAAAAAAAGUCUAAUCUCCAGAUUCUGGGCUUGUGCCAGAGUCUGGGGAAGUUCAAGGGUGACCACUGGAGCUCGGUUUCGCUCGCACAAAAGGUCGGACGAAAAUCUGUCUUGGCGCCUCGAGAGCUUAUUGCCCUAGGUGAGGUGGUAUGCCGAAGAUGCAGAUUGACAUCUAACUUGCUGAGAAUAGACCGGGUUUGCGAUGCUGCCAGUGUGACAAUAUCUGUUCGAUGGGUGGGAUUUCUCGUCGGCCACGUCAACUUCCAGGUGCUCAAGCUAAAGUCAAGACAAGGAAGGCUCCUGACAGCAGAUGUGAAAGUUGCCGCCGCCAAGAAACGGUUUUCAGCACAAGAGACGAAAUUGCAAACACACCUCACCAAGAAGGCUGAGAGCCUGAGACGGUGUGUUUUUCACAUUCUGAAUACGGAUAUCCGACUCUUGGAUUUAGUGUGUGUGUGGACUGUGUUCCCCGUUGUCUCUGUACGAUGGGGACAUGGAGACUUUUCUGCAUGGGUGGAGGAGGGGAAAAUGGUUCGAUGCCGGUGCCAUGACGCGGGAGCUCAGAGAUAAGGUGCAAUUCACGUGUAAAAUCAAUGUGUCCCGCAUUAUGGCGACUGGCUGGCUGUCCGCUGGUUGGCGGCGGCGGCGGCGGCGGUGGCCUGUCACUGAGGUCCGUCCCUCCACCGUUCAGGGCGGAGAACUCCUACUAGUUAGACUUUAGUUAAGAGAGUGAUUAAUUACUGGACUCCGACUCGACGGAAGAGCGG